UACCAGAAGGACCGACGGCCUAUUUCAAGAUCAACAGCUUGAAGUUUACCAAGGACAUUCCGCGUGCUGGUGAGUCGACUUCUCACUAUCCUGAAAUAAUUCUCAACAAUUUUAACACUCGAUUAGGUCACACCACUGCUAGGAUGUUUGCUUGUUUGUUCCCACAUGACCCUAAGUUCACUGGGCGUCGUGUUGUUACUUUCCAUAAUCAAAGGGACUACGUCUUCUUCCGGCAUCAUAGGUACGAAUUCAAAAAGGAAGGUGAAAAAGCAGCUUUGGUUGAACUGGGCCCACGUUUUACUUUGCGACUGAAGUGGCUACAAAAGGGAACCUUUGAUACGAAAUGGGGAGAGUUUGAGUGGGUUUUGAAGCGUCACGAAAUGGAAACUUCACGGCGAAGAUUUUUCUUAUAAAU